AUUAGCAAACAAAAUCUCCCUCGACAAAUUCACCUCUGCAGCUCAGAAACACACACCCCACUCAUGUAUACGUGGUUUUAGGUACACAUCCAUACAUUCCAGAUUUUCAACUAAUUUUUUUCGAUUACAGAAAUGGAAUCCAAGAAUUUUUGUGGAUAGUGAUGGGCACGGAUGAGCAAGCUCCGGCUCUUGGGUGGAUUCGCAGUCGGAGGAAUGGAAUCGGAGGAAGGAGGACGAGGGUUGGAACUGAGCUCGCCGCCACCCCUUUUGUGCAAUGGAAACUGCGUGGAGGAGACUCGGCAGCCCAGGCGGCGGUUUCUGCCAGGAAGCUAGCCGCCUCGCUGUGGCGGGUUUCUGCAGCUAACAGCGGUGGUGGAAGCGUGCGGUGGCAAUGUGGGCCAUUUGAUCGGCUCAGAUUUGAGUUUUUUACAUCAGUGCCGAUUCCUAAAAUUGCGACUGAAGGAGUUACGAAAUGGGAUUACUGCUACUCAAAGGCAUGGGUUGAUGUUAGUUAUUUUCGUGAUUGUGCGGAGAUUCUCAAGAAUAAUCAAGAUAUUGCAACUACACCAGUUGCAUCUGCUAGAUGUGCUGAAUUGUUUAAAGCUCGUAAACGCAUAAAUGAACUCGAAGCUGAGCAAGGGUGGUCGAGGACGAAACUCAAGCACUUCCUGAAGAAGCUCAAUGAAGAAAGGGCGUCAUGGAUUAGAACACAACACCAGAAGAUGUGUUCGAUGGUCAAGAAUUUAGAGAAUGAUGUCAAAAGGGAAAGAAGAAAGUGUAGAAAGAUGGAUAUUAUGAAUUCCAAACUUCUGAAUGAUAUUACUGAAGUGAAGUUAUCAGCUAGGAAAUUCAAGCAGAAUUUUGAAAAAGAGAAAAGAGCCCGAGAGUUGUGGGAGGAUGUAUGUGAUGAGCUAGCUAAAGAAAUUGAAGGCAGCAAAGCUGAAAUCGAGGUGUUGAGGAAUCAACAUGCAAGAAUUCAAGAGGAGGUGGAGAAGGAGAGGAAAAUGCUGCAAUUAGUUGAGGUUUGGCGGGAAGAACGGUCCCAAAUGAAGUUGAUCAAUGCAAAGUUUAUGUCAGAACAUAAGUAUGCCAAGAUGAAUAAUCUAAUUGUGGAUCUUGAAGCAUUCUUAAGACCAUUGAAUUCAACCACAGAUAUGGUUAAGGAAUUUUCAUCAGAAAUUGAGGAUUCUCAAACAUGUGAAGCUGAAGUAAUCAGGAUCACUGACAAUUGCUUUAGUCAUAAUCAGGCAAAUUAUGAGACGUUUGAUGCUACCAGAAAGAGCGUUUGUUCAAAUGGCUUAACUGGUGGUGGCAGUGGUUUUGAAGACGCAAGUUGUCAGGAGACUCUGACUCAAGCUGAGAUUUAUACAACUCGAAUUAGUGGUGGGAGUGAUCACUCGGUGAAUAAAAUCAGCAGAAGCAAAUACACAUCCAACUACGAUGCAGAACACAAAGAAAAUGCACACCACGGAUAUGAGAGAUCCGAGUCCAAUGAAAUUUCUUCAUCCGUAUCAUUAAAGCAAUCAAAGAAGAAGAAAAGCUCAACCCUUAGCAAGCUCCAGAGAACCUUGCCAAGAAAUGAAGACACAUGCAAAACAAUCUUGACAGAUGGAAUCAGUCGAAGGCCUUCAAAUGGAUCAAUAUCGUCGAUUGCACCUAUGGCUUCCCCACAAGGAGUGUGUAGUGAAAGGGUGGUAGAUGGUCAGGAUUUUGUCGGCCAAUGGCGCUCGCACGAUCAGCAGAGAAAUCCACACGUUGUGCGAGCUAUGAAAGGUCAUAUCGAGUGGCGACGAGGAAUCCCAAGGCAGGGCUCGGCCGCCAACCUUCUGAAAGCCAAAUUAGAAAGCCAGAAAAUGAUCUUGCGCAAUGUACUCAAAAGAAGGAGUUGAAGUUAAAUGCUUUCUUUAACAUAUUUUGAGCUCCUGUUGGUGCUGCAAUGGCAAAAUCUUUGCAUAUAGUAGAAACAAAAUCAUGAUAGGCGUGGUUUGAUAACUAAGAUCAUUUGGAGAUCAUGAUGUCUGAAUGAUGACUGAUUGCGUUCACAUUUCUUUCUUGUUUUUUCA